AAGGAAUGUUUUUCCCUGUACGACAAGAAACAAAAAGGCAAGAUAAAAGCCUCCGACCUGAUGGCAGUGAUGCGGUGCCUGGGAGCCAGCCCGACGCCAGGAGAGGCGCAGAGGCACCUGCACUUGCACAAGAUCGAGAGAAAUGCCGAGCUGGAUUUCUCCACUUUCCUGAACAUCAUGUACAGGCAAAUGAAGCAGGAGGAACCCGAGAAGGAAAUCCUCACGGCCUUGUCCAUGAUAGACAGGCAGAAGAGAGGCGUCAUCACCGUCUCGGAGCUGAGAGCCAAACUUACAAGACUAGGAGAAAAGCUUUCCGAGGAAGAAG